CCCUUCGUUUAGUUAAUUAAUUACUCGUUGAAAAUGCCGCAGCACAGCCUCGCCACUCAUGUAGUUUUGCUGUUGAUUCCCCAAGUGAUUUCCGUAGGAAUCAACAUAUUUUGCAAGCAAGCCAUAGUGGGGGAUUCCAUGCCCGUUUCCAUUCUCAUUUCUUAUCGUUUCAUCUGUGGUGCAAUCACUCUUUCUCCUUUCGUCAUCUUCUACGAGUCCAGGAUCAGCGCGCCCACCAAACCCACAUGGAAGCUAUUGUGCAUCUCCGUAGUAAAUGGGCUUUUAGGAGGUUCAUUGUUCCAGAAUCUGUACCUUGAGAGCAUGGCUUCAACAUCACCGACGUUCAUCUCAGCCAUUGUCAAUCUCACUCCUGCAAUCGCCUUUCUGCUCUGCCUAGCUUUCAGGCUGGAGAGCUUAUCAGCUCAAAGACAUCCUAAGAUAAAAGUAGCAGGAGUUGCGUUGAGCAUUGUGGGCGCCACACUCUUGGCCUCUUUCAAACGCUUAGAAGUUAACCCUUGGCCACUCAAAUUUGGCUUCCUGCAACAGCAGCAGCAACAAAAGCACGACAAUCAAAUUAUGGGCUUAAUUCUAGCCCUACUUUCUACACUAAGCAAUGCAUUCUUCUUGACAAUUCAGGGCAAGUUCAAUGUUGACAGUGGCAACAUUUUCCUCGUCCCGUUCUUGAUAAAUCUAAUGGCUGCCAUUCAAUCAGUUGUCUAUGCUCUGUUAGCUGAGAAGGAUAAGACACAAUGGAAGUUGGGAUGGAAUGUCAGGCUCUGGGCUGCAUCUUUUGCAUUUAAUUUGGAUAUCCAGAUCGCAUCUUUUCUUAUUUAGACGCGACAUGACGAUCCAAAUUGCACUUUCUGGUAAAGGUACAUAUCUUUUUCGUUGCACCUUUCACAUCCAAAUAGACAUGUUUACUCACCCGAAUGGAUAUGUCCACUUACCCGAGCCCCAUAUGAACAAUAGCAUCUAAUCUUGAAGACUUUUUCAAUGCACGUACUUAAGAUCCAUCAAGACGCAUUAAUUCCAACAAUAUAUUAUUUGAUUAAUUUCAUGCUUGUUUCUAAAUUAAUUUCUUGUCGUCGGCUACAUGCAUGGCUUGCAGGGAGUGUUGGGGUCGGGGCUGUCAACCACCAUUACCACAUGGUGUAUUUCAGAGAUGGGGCCUUUGUUCGUGUCCACCGCCAACCCCUUUGGAUUGAUUCUUAUGACAGCC